AUGACCCCCCGGCCCCCUUUGGGCGUCCAGCAGCGACCGCCCCAGCACAAGCUGAGCGGGCCGACCCUGUCGCAGCGCCCGGCCGCCCACCCGCGCGCCGUCGCGCAGCAGCAGUAUCCGCCACCGGCUUCCGGACGCAAGGACGCUUCUUUCUACGAUUUGAGUCCGGCCGAUUCGGGCGAUGGCGCGCCGGCUCGUCCCGGCGUCCCACGCCGUGGCGGUUCGCGCCUUAAGCUGGAGCUCUCCCACGACUCGGCCGGCUCCCUGGCUUAUGCUGGUGUCGAUGAGUCCCCAAGCGCUGCCGAGUCCUCGAAGGCCUUCACGCCUUCGCGCGUCAUGCCCGUGACGGACUCUUCGGAUCUGGGAGACACGAGUCCUCAUCUGUCGGCCCAACCCCCGAGCGUCGACCCCGACACUCCUUUGCCCAUGCCCCGGCGUCGUCCCCCGCCUAUCACCAAUGCCUCGCGUCGAGAAAUGCCCCCGCCGCCAGCCAACAGCAACCCCACGAAGAGAGAGGCCCGCCCCAAACCGUUUUCUGUCGAACCGCCCGCUGCUGCACCACGCUACCCGGGACAUGCCGUUGCUCAGGCGAGGACCGGUGGGUCAGCAUCUCCGCCGUUAUCGGGAUACGCCGACUUCUUCCCUUGGACGGGGAAACAUCCAGAAGAUCAGUUUUCUGAGAAUGUGAUUCGGAAUGGAUACUAUGAUAAGAGUCUCUUCUCCACGGCCGAGACGCAGUCGGCGAAGGGAAUACUGUUUCCUGCGCUCAAGCACAAGACCGGCCUUACUGCACUCUCGUCCGUCUUCACGGCAGUGCUGGGACAGAGGAGGCAUAACGGCCAAAUUACGGCGCCCCCGACGUUCAAGCCCCCUCCCCGCGUUACCCUUACCGAUACCAAGCGGGAGGUCUGGUUGAGGGAUCUGGCGAACCCCGCUAUUUCGCUCCGACGGCUUAGCCGAACGAUCCCACACGGUGUCCGCGGCAAAGUGCUUCUAGAGCAGUGCUUGAACAAAAACGUGCCCACCGACCGUGCGGUCUGGCUUAUAAAGUGUGUUGGCGCCAACGAGAUACGGGCGACCAAGCGGAAGGGCGUCAGCACGCUAGUCAUGGGUGGGGAGAAUAGAUGGAUCAAAGAUUGGACCAUCUCUGUCGAACAAUUUAUCGAGCAUGUCUAUUUCGCGUUUGACGACGACGAUUGGAAAGCCAAGGUGCAUUACACUACCCGACUGGCAGCCCAUCUGUACGCUGAGCACUUGCUCGACCGUGAACACUACUCUGAAUGGCUCGUCUCGAGUCUCGAGAACACGUCCGAAGCUAGACUUCCGAUGUGGAUGCUCAUUACCCAGCUAUACUGGAAAGAUCUGCUCAAACUGAGGAAAUAUGGUCGGAGGCUGGUCGCCGCCCUUGUCAGUCAUCAUCACCUUAUAUACAACCAUUCUGACAGGGAUAUACUACACCCGCUACUCCAAAAUCUCUCGCAGUGCCUAAACUCAUUAAUACUGAGCGGUCCGGAGAACUUUGUCUCUCCGUCCACUUGGUCGAAGUACCGAGAUGGCCUGAACGCGUGCUUGCCGCCUGGCGACGAUGCCUUGCUCAACUCGUUCGCAGCCAUCAGCCUUCGCAACGAGCAGCUAGCAACGGCCUCGAACAGGUCGCAGCCAGCGGCGCGGCACAUUUUGGUGCGAGUGCUGGACGGGACCCUCCAAGUCCCCAUGCCUGCCGAGCUCCCUUCUCAGUGCUGGGCGAUCUCCAAGGACAAGGAAGCUUUGGCGAGAGCCCUGCUCGAGUGGUGCACCUCGCUUUAUCGACCCGGUCUUGCGAAGAUCUACGUUACAAGCCGGAUUAUGCAGCACUGGAGCACAUUGGGCUUGGAUCCUACCAUGGCCGUGAUGGAUUUCCUCAACGCCGACACAUGCGAACAGAGAGCGCGAAAAGCCUCACUCUAUCACGUCGUCUGUGAGCUUGUCCGGUCAGGUAUCUUCUCCGUCCCUCGCUACGUCCAAUGGCUCAUCCUCCGCGGAGGGGCCAGGAACCCCGAGGAUGUGCUACCGGACGGGCCAGGACUCACGCGUCUCCUUGCCGAGAUCCCGCAGCACGCCCUCGGUAUCUCCCAACGUAAUCUGAGGAACGGCCUACUCCGUCGUGCGUCCUUCAGCGUGGUGGGUGAGGCGCAGGAUGUAGACUUGGCCAUAAAACACCUGAAGCGCACGCUAGGCAUGCCGCUGGACCCGGACGAUGCGAUGCUGCAGCGGAAGCCGCUGUCACUCAACAAACUAUGUCAGAGGAUUAGAUCGGCCAGCCGAGCGCUCAAGGCCGAGAUCGGUGGUUGGCUUCGCUCCACUUUCGCUGCGCAUGCCGAAGAGAAGGAGAAGGAAGGAGGUCAGGCGCCCGACAUAUCGCCCACCAUAUUCUACGCUGUCCGAUCCGUGCUCGAAACGGCCGAGGACUUCUCCAUGUUGAGCGACAUCUUGAAGACGCUCACCAAGCAUUCAGGGGUUGAAAUCUUGGCCGCCAUUGCUGACACUGUUAGUCGGCACUUCUUUGUCUUCUCCGCUUUAGGCGACUCGGGACCGCUAUUUCGCAAUCUCCAUCAACGGCUCAAGGCCGCUGUCCGGGAACAAGGGGUCGCAGUGCGCCCGCUUCUUGCUUCCCUCGUUACCCUCGCGCACAGGAUGCCCGGCAUGGAAGAGCUCGCUUCGCAGCUGAAGAAGGACCUGGUCUUAAGCGAUCGUCAGAAUCCUGUGGAUGCCUGCUCGCCGGUGUCGGAUAACAUGGUUGCCCGGUUGCAGGACAACGCUGGGGAACUGCACGAAGAGAUUGAGAAGUUGCUCGCCGGCGGAUCCAGCCUGGAUCGAAACACGAUGGACCGGCUUUUCCAGACUGUCACGCAACGGCUGCAAGCGUGCUGGGGCAAGGCGAAGGACCAGCAGCGGGCAUACAGCAGCUUGUUGGGCCGACUGCGCGUGUUCGACAUGCAGCACUUUGACGGGCUCAUGGCUAGGUGGUUAUUGUACCUGCGCACGCUUAGCGCACGCCCGUCCAUCCUGCGAAUAUACCCGCUGCUUGUCUCGGUCGGAUGCCUGGACAUAUCGGCGAUUCUGGCCACUACCUCCGAGUUCCCUGCCGGACAUGGCACGAGCACCGCGCGCACACCUACCGUAGCGACGUCCACCCCGCAGGUGGUGCAAAUCACAUAUCGGACGAGGUACAUGCAGGAGGUGCUCCAGUUGCUCACGACGCCACUCCUCGAAGACGACCUCAUGACGGCCGAUGAAGUGUACCGCUUCUCCAUCUUCCAGGAUCAGGCAAUCCGCGAGUAUCCAAAGGAGACCGUGGGUCUGAUCCUACUCGCGUCGGCCGAAUACUCAUACGCGAAGAGCCAGAACGACUUGGCGGCGCUGCCUUUAGAGUCGCAUCUGGUUCUGGAAAGGCUCCUUGACCUGCUCAGACGACUCGUGUUGAGGGACGCCUCCGGAGUGGCGCGGGCUUUGGGUGUCCGGACUUCGAAUCCUCACGUCAGCGGUUUGAUCGACGUCAUGACAACGAAGCUCUUGAUGCCGACCACCGAUGCUCGGAUACCCAUUAACUUCGACCAGGUCCUAGAGCUGACCAACGAGUUCACCUUGCCGUUCUGUCAGGUGAAGCUCGCCUUGAGCUUGAGUUCAAACGAACAGAAUUUGCAGGAAGGUGGUGACCGGCAGCAGUCGCAUGUCGAGCUCUUCGCCAACGCCAUGGACAAGGCCAUCAGCGCCGGUAACGUGUCGUGGGUCGGCAUGCUGAGCUCCUUGAGUGCCGACGUCAUGCAGCAGCUCAGACUCCGCGCCCAGAACCGCUUCCUGGAGCUCUUACCCUCCGUCCGCAGCCCUCCAACAACCGACGCCGUCCUCGUCUCAAAGUUCCAGAUGGCCGAGAACUUACUGACCGUUAUUGACGCCACCAUGCGCGGCGGGACCCCUGGCGGCGCCCGCCAGACUCAGCUCUCCCCUUGCAUCGUGGACAAGCUUGUCGAUCUAUGGGAACUCCUCGCCGCGCCCGACGAUACCGACUCCGCCCUCGCCGAAUCCAUAGCCACCGCCAAGACAACAGUUCUCACCACUUGGCUACCACUCACGCUCAACCUGAUCACCCUCCAUGUCCACUCCCUGGACCCGUCCAAGGCCACCAACGACGUGCGCGCCAAGAUGCUGGUGGCGUGUGCCGGGCUAAUGCAGGAACUGGAUGCCUUGCCACUACCGGGCAGCGGAAUGAUGACAGCGAUGGACGCCGCACAGCUGUUGAGUCGGAGGCUGUUCGACCUGUCCUGUCUCCUAGUCGACAACCUGCCCGAGGACGCCCGCGCGAUGUGCGUGCGGGCGGUCCGGGAGUGUGCUGCUGGGGAUGCCAGGCUGAGGUACAUCUUCAGCCUUAGCGCUUCCAGUGCGGAUGGGGAUGGCUCUGCCUCGGGGAGUUUGAUGCUUUCCCAUCGGGACAAGAACAACAACAAUAACAAGAGCGCUGGUGCCGUUUCUGCUCCCAUUCUGGGUGCUGGCGGGAUCAACAAUGCUCGGUCUGCUGCUGCUGCUGGUACUGCUGUCAACGCUGGUGGAGGUAUGGUUAAUACUAAUGCUGCCCUGUUCAGCGGCCUCCUGGGCACCCCGGCGGCCCUGUGGGGCCUGGAUAGAGGCCAGGGUGGGGAAAGGCUGAGUGUGUUCCAGUAUCGGAGGUGGGAGACGCUGAGUGAGCCGACGCCGAAUGUGGGCGAGAAUGACACGGCGUUGAGCCUGGCGCUGUUCGCGGCGCGGAGGGUGAAGUGA